AUGUCCAAUAACAAUAAUAACUUGCCUCCACAAAGCACUGAACACUACGUCAAGUUGGAUGAUCAUGAUCAAAGUAAUGGUCUGAUGUAUUCAUCCAUUGAUACUACCAUGAGUGGAUCUGUAUAUAACCAACAACAGCCACAACAACCAAUGUAUCAACAACAACAAUUACCACCAGUUGUCGUCGGAUCAUCCCCUUCUCAACAACAACCAUUAGUUGAAUCAACCAUUAUGACCAAUGAUAAUAAUAAUAAUACUAACAAUCAGGCACCACCAUCCCGUGGUAUUAUCGAGACGGUUAAUGAUUCAUUGAGUAGUCUUGUAAAUAGCAUGUCCAUUUCCUCCACACCAACCACAAAUUCAACCACUAGAAAUAAUACCUAUCUCCAACCAAAGUAUAAUCCAAUUGGCAAUAUUGAAAAUCCUCAAACUUUAUAUGAAUAUACUAUUGAUUCUGGAUUUUUGGAUUGCCAAUUGGUUCAUCCAACUGCAUUGGGUCAAGUCAGUUCAAGAAUUACUUUUGAAAUGAUCAUCCAACACAAGACAAUUCCAAAUAUUUCUCAAAAGAUUAACAAGAAUGAAAUUGGAGGAAGUGCCACUUAUAGACCUGACUUGAAGGUUCACAUUACUGCCUUAGAUAAGGUAUCCACCUUCACUGAGAGAAUUGAAGCUCUUGUCAAUUCUGAUCCACAAAAAUCAUUGCACAACUUUUUUAUUUAUGUUAUUGUGAAAAAGACCAAGGUUAACCUUUUGGAUGUCCAAAAGACUGCUAUUGCUUAUUCACCAUGUUUUACUUUGGCUGACUUUUUAAAGACAGGCACCGAACAACAACAACAACCAAUGUAUUCAUUCGAUUUAUUCAAGGAUCAACAAUUGAGAGAACAUGUCGGUAAAUUGGGUGUUAGAUUGAGCAUUACUGCCUAUUCCGAUUAUCAAUACGUCAAUAGUCUUCCAUCUGGUUUCUUUGCUUCAAAGGCAUUCACAGUUCCAUAUACUUCAAAGAGUCAAAAAAUUAGCUCUUUACUUUCACUCACUGAAAAGGUCAAGUUGUGGCUCAAUUCCUAUUCAUCUUUAAUUAAGGUUAUUGAAAUUUCCAAUGCCAAUGAUGGAAAGGAAUUAGUUCAAGUAGUCUUGUAUCAAAAAUUGUAA